AUGGACAACAAGGUGCGACCAUACGUCCCACGUGAGUUUGCAUCCGAUCCAGUCUACGAUGCGCCAACUGAUGAAAAAGAACGGCUCUCGAACGAGGCCAAACGAGCGCGGAGAAAGAUCGCUGAAUAG